UUUUACUAUAUAUAUCAGUGAGAUAAAAAUAAUUUAUUAUUAUUAUUACUACGUGUGAAAUCUGAUUUUGUAUGAACCGCCAAAAACGAUUGAAAGAGAGGCCACAAGAUGGCGAAUUUGAUGGUCUCCACAAACCGAGCGACAUCAACACAAUUUCCCUACGAAGAAAGGGAAAAACAAAACAAGAAAAUAAGAAUUGUAUUUUUUUUUUUUUUCUUUUCUUUUCCCUUCCCUUUCAGUUCUUUCAUUUUCUCAAAGAAUCAUCACGUUCUUGUGGCAUCCAAAUAGGAAGAUUCUUUUGUCGGUGAUUUAUGUGAAUUUGGUGCUGUAUUGGAGUCCCUCUCGGAAUUAUAAUGGUGUUGCCUGUGAUUGAAAUUGGUUCCCAUAUUUGGGUUGGAGAUCCUGAGCAAACAUGGUUAGAGGGAAUUGUGCUUAACAUUAAAGGGGAAGAAGCGGAGAUUGAAACCAAUGAUGGAAAAACUAUUGUUGCAAAUCUGUCAAAAGUAUAUCCAAGAGAUGCAGAAUCUCCUGAAGAUGGGGUGGAUGACAUGACUAAGCUGUUGUAUUUGCAUGAGCCUUCAGUUUUGCACAACUUGUCGAGGAGAUAUGGAAUUAAUGAAAUCUAUACUUAUACCGGAAACAUUCUUAUUGCUGUCAACCCAUUCAAAGGGCUCCCAGAGUUAUAUGAUGUUGAAGUGAUGGAGAAAUACAAAGGAGCAGCAAUAGGAAAACUAAGCCCUCAUGUUUUUGCAAUAGCUGAUAUUGCAUAUAGGGCAAUGAUUGAUGAGGGUAAAAGCAACUCAAUUCUGGUUAGUGGUGAAAGUGGGGCUGGCAAAACUGAAACUACUAAGAUGCUUAUGCGCUACCUUGCACAUUUGGGUGGUAAUAAUGCUUCUGAAGGACGGUCAGUUGAACAACAAGUACUUGAGUCAAAUCCAGUUCUCGAAGCUUUUGGCAAUGCAAAGACUGUUAGAAAUAACAAUUCAAGCCGUUUUGGAAAAUUUGUUGAAAUUCAAUUUAAUGAGCAUGGAAGAAUAUCAGGGGCAGCCAUCAGAACUUACCUUCUUGAGAGAUCUCGAGUUUGUCAAAUUUCAGAUCCUGAACGCAACUAUCACUGUUUUUACCUUUUAUGUGCUGCACCACAAGAGGAGAUUGAGAAGUACAAGCUGGGCAAUCCUAGCUCGUUUCACUAUCUUAAUCAAUCCAAUUGCUAUGAUCUGGUUGGUGUUAAUGAUGCCCGUGAAUAUCUCACCACUAGGAGAGCUAUGGAUACUGUCGGAAUAAGCAAGGAAGACCAGGAAGCUAUUUUCAGAGUUGUGGCUGCUAUUCUUCAUCUUGGUAAUAUUAAUUUUGCAAAGGAGGAAGAAGCUGAUUCAUCGGCUUUAAAAGAUGAGUCGUCCCAAUUUCAUCUUCAAAUGACAGCAGAGCUUCUCAUGUGUGAUCCUCAUUCGUUGGAAGGGGCAAUAUGCCAGCGUAUAAUGAUAACCCCAGAAGAAAUUAUUAAGAAAAGUCUCAACCCUCACGAUGCAGCAGUAAACAGGGACGGUUUAGCCAAGACAAUAUAUUCUCGGUUGUUUGAAUGGUUGGUGGCUAAAAUUAAUGUUUCCAUUGGACAAGAUCCUAACUCAACAUGUUUGAUCGGAGUCCUUGACAUUUAUGGCUUUGAAAGCUUUAAAACUAAUAGUUUUGAACAGUUUUGCAUUAAUUUUACAAAUGAAAAGCUGCAACAACAUUUCAACCAGCAUGUUUUCAAGAUGGAUCAACAAGAGUACGUAAAAGAGGAAAUUGAUUGGAGCUACAUAGAGUUUAUUGAUAAUCAAGAUAUUCUGGACCUUAUUGAGAAGAAAACAGGUGGGAUCAUUGCCCUGCUUGAUGAGGCAUGUAUGUUUCCAAAAUCAACUCAUGAGACAUUUGCACAGAAGCUUUAUCAGACUUUCAAAGAUCACAAGCGGUUCAUUAAGCCAAAACUCACUCGUGCAGAUUUUACCAUUGUUCAUUAUGCUGGAGAGGUUCAAUAUCAGUCUGAUCUAUUUUUAGACAAAAACAAAGACUAUGUUGUUCCUGAACAUCGGGAAUUGUUGAGUGCUUCUAGAUGUUCUUUUGUAUCAGGCCUCUUUCGGUCACCUACUGAGGAGAAUGCCAAACCAUCUAAGUUCUCUGCUAUUGGCUCCCGAUUGGAGAAUGCCAAACCAUCGAAGUUCUCUUCUAUUGGCUCCCGAUUUAAGCUACAACUUCAGAAAUUGAUGGAUACACUAAAUUCUACACAGCCCCACUAUAUUAGAUGUGUUAAGCCAAAUAAUACUUUAGAACCUGGUGUAUUUGAUGGCACCAGUGUCAUGCAACAACUACGUUCUGGUGGAGUUCUGGAGGCAAUCAGAAUAAAAUGUUCUGGAUACCCUACCCAUAUGACCUUUUCUGAGUUCCUGCAACGAUUUGGAAUGCUUGCACCCGAGAUUUUGAGGGGGGACUAUGAAGAGAGGGUGGCAUGCAAAUGGAUUUUUGAAAAAAUGGAGCUUACAGGGCAUCAGUUGGGGAAAACAAAGGUUUUCCUAAGAUCUGGUCAGGGUGCUGAGUUAGAUGCACAUAGAGCAAGAGUACUUCGCAACUCAGCUGCAGUCAUACAGAGACAUGCUAAAGCUCGUUCUGAUCGCAAAAGUUUCACUCUUCAGCGGCAAGCUUCUGUUCAUAUACAAUCUCAUUGGAGAGGAAAACGUGCUCGCAAAUUGUACAAGGAGAAGAGAGAAGAUGCAGCAGCUGUCAAAAUCCAGAGGAAUUUGCGUAGACAGUUGGCCACGAGAUCUUAUAAUGGGAUUAGGUUCUCUGCAGUUACCUUGCAAUCAGGUUUGCGGGCGAUGGCCGCUCGUAGUGAAUUCAGAUCAAGAGAGCAAAAUAAGGCAGCAACUGCUCUCCAGGCCUAUUGGCGCUCCCAUAAAGCUGUUUCAGACUAUAAGAAACUUAAGGAAGCAUCAGUUGUUUCACAAUGUAGUAUGAGUGAAAGAAUUGCUGAGGAAGAGACUAUGAACUUAAAUAUGGAAGAAGAAGAAACAGAUGAUCUUGAGUUAAGCUAUGAUGAACUUCGAGAAAAGUUGGAGGAACUCAAAUUCCAUUUGCUAUCAGAAAAACAAUUGAGGAUUGAAUUGGAAGUAGAAAAAGGGCGAGAGAUAAUAACAUUGCUGCAAUCCCUGAAAAAUUUACAAAACCAAGUUGAUGAAACAAAUGAUGUGCUUCUUAGGGAACGUGAAGAUGCAUAUAAAGGAAGUGGAGGUGAUGUUGCCUUUAAUCCUGAUGAUGAUGAUGAUGAUGCUUCUAAUCCUGAUGAUGAUGCCAAGAAGGAGACUCACAGUGAAGUGCAGAACUUGAAGGCAUUAUUAAGGGCAGAAAAACAAAGAGCUGAUCACUGUGAAAAGAAAUAUGUUGAAGCCCAAGAAUUAAGUGAAAAAAGACGCAAGAAAUUAAAAGAAACUGAAAAACGAGUUCGUCAACUUCAAGACUCUUUGAACAGGAUGCUAUAUUCCAUGUCAGACCAAUUUGCAGACCUGAAAAUGAUCCUACACACUUCGUCCCCCUCGGCUUCAACUUCUGGAACCGUUGCCACAGAUGUUCGUGUUGAUGUUGCUUCUGAUCUCUCGGAUGCCGCAUCCACCGGCUCUGAUAUCUCAUUUCGAGCUCCAGUUUUAUCUGCAGCCUCAGAGGAAGUACCUCCAGAAAAUUCAGGUGCAGAGGAGUGGCAUCGUGAUAAAGAGGGGGCAUUUGAUGACUACUUCUGAUGUAAACUUGUUACUUCUUUUUCCUCCUAGCUUAGACGUUUUAACUCAAUAUGGGCUUUUGCUGGCAACUCUAGAGUAGGCACGGCACCCACUCUUGAACACUAUUACGUACGUCAUACAAGCAACACUUACCAAGAUCGUAUACACCUGGACUCGUAGUGUACAUAUACGGUGGAUCCACAUGAAAUUUCAUAUAAUUACACGUAGACUCGGUCUAAUUUACUACGCCAUAUAAGCAAAUUUUCUUCAAGGAUUUAGAUCAAUUAGUCACAUAUUCCUCCAAAAAACUGACUGUGAAUAACAUCCAGUGUAGUUUUGCUCACUCCGUUAACGAAAAUGCAAAAUAUAGUCCCUCUGGGGGAAAGCAUGGACCACCGAAGCAAAUGGUUAUUUUGCAAAAGGGCAGAUUAAAAUCGAAACAGUCUCAUAUAAUGUGUAG